CGCCUCCCCGCGGCCUCUUCCCUUUUGUCGCGCUGCCCGCUCCUGCCCGCCACUCUCGCCAACCUCCGAGCUCCCGUCGAGAUGCUGCGCUGCGGCCUGGCCUGCGAGCGCUGCAGGUGGAUCCUGCCCCUGCUCCUGCUCAGCGCCAUCGCCUUCGAUAUCAUCGCCCUGGCCGGCCGCGGCUGGCUGCAGUCGAGCGACCACAUCCAGACGUCCUCGCUCUGGUGGCGAUGCUUUCACGAGGGCGGCGGCAGCGGGUCCCGAGAAGAUGGCUGCGAGAGCCUCAUGGAAUACGCGUGGGGAAGGGCGGCCGCUGCCAUGCUGUUCUGCGGCUUCAUCAUCCUGGUCAUCUGUUUCAUCCUCUCCUUCUUUGCCCUCUGCGGACCCCAGAUGCUGGUCUUCUUGAGAGUGAUUGGGGGUCUCCUGGCCCUGGCUGCUGUGUUCCAGAUCAUCUCACUGGUGAUUUACCCAGUGAAGUAUACACAGACCUUCAACCUUCACGCCAAUCCUGCUGUUACCUACAUCUAUAACUGGGCCUAUGGCUUUGGGUGGGCGGCCACGAUUAUCCUGAUCGGCUGUGCCUUCUUCUUCUGCUGCCUUCCCAACUACGAAGAUGACCUCCUUGGCAAUGCUAAGCCCAGAUACUUCUACACGUCUGCCUAAGUUCAGGAGUGAGCAAAAGAUAGCUCUGCUGCUGCGAUGGAUUCCAGAGGAAGAAACUAUUUCCUAUAACACUUUGUCUCUAUGUUGGGGGCAAUGUUCUUUUCAAUAAACUAGUCAGAAUGCUAAAAUAA